AUGCCGUUGGCAGCUCUAACGCCUGUUCUAAAUGAUCUGUUGCUCAAAUCUCAACAAGAUGGUCAAGGCGACUAUUCAUCUAUGGUACGAGCAUCAGGUGCUGAAGAAUAUCGACCAAGACAAGCGUCAAUUGAAGGCGGAUUACCAUCAUCUCCUCUUCAAUUAACCGAAUAUGAAGAAUUAGAUCAAAAAUCGAGAGUUGAAAGACAAGAUUCGUUUUUAAAACGAUUUUCCACACGAUAUGGUUAUAGAGGAAUGGGCAAUAGGGAGCCAGCUAAACGUAAUCUACGUAAUACUAUUGAUAAAGAAGUGCCGAUUAAAUGUCGUUAUUUACCUGUUCGUCGUUUAUUACAUGCAUGUAAUUAUUUUGUGAUAUCAACAGAUGAAAAUUUUUUAUUCUAUUGGCUUAUAUUUUUAAAUCUCUUUAUUUUAUAUAAUUUAUGGUUUCCUAUUGCAAGACAAGCAUUUGAACCAUUACAACGUGAAUAUACGAGAACAUGGCGAACACUUGACUAUAUAGCUGAUAUUGUUUACGUUUUGGAUAUUGGAAUGCAAUUAAGAACAGGAUAUUUAGAACAGGGUCUAUUAGUAUAUGAUAGACAAAAAUUAGCAUUAAAUUAUAUACGUUCCUAUCGUUUUAUAUUUGAUUUAGUAUCGUUAAUGCCUCUUGAAUUAUUUCAAUUGAAAUUUGGUGCACUUCCUCUAUUACGUUUUCCACGAUUUUUUAAAGUUUAUCGUACAUUUGAAUUAUAUUAUUUACAAGAAUCACGAACCGUUUAUCCAAAUACUUAUCGUGUUGUUAAUCUAUUUCAUAUACUUUUAUUACUUGCUCAUUGGUUAGCCAGUUUCUAUUUUAUGGUAUCGAAAGCAGAAGAUUUUACUGGUUAUUGGUCAUAUCCAUCUCCUAAUGGAAAUUUUUCACAAUUGACUAAAAUGUACUUUAGAUGUUUAUAUUGGUCAACGUUAACAUUGACAACAAUUGGCGAUCUACCACCACCCGAAACCAAUUGGCACUAUAUAUUCUUAAUAAGUGUUCAUCUGUUUGCUGUAUUUGUCAUUGCUAUCAUUGUUGGCCAAGUCGGUAAUGUGAUAACGAAUAGAAAUGCUAGUCGAUUGGAAUUUGAACGAUUAUUAGAUGGAGCCAAACAAUAUAUGAGAACUCAUAAUGUACCAACAGAGAUGCAACGACGUGUUCAACGAUGGUACGAUUAUUCUUGGUCAAGAGGUCGAAUGAGUGGUGCAAGCGAUGUUCAUUCAAUUAAGUUAUUACCCGAUAAAUUAAAAACAGAAUUAGCAUUACACGUUAAUUUGGGAACAUUAAAAAAAGUGACCAUCUUUCAAGAAUGUCAACCAGAAUUUUUACAUGAUUUAGUAUUAAAAAUGCGUGCAUAUAUUUUUACUCCGGGUGAUGUUAUUUGUCGAAAAGGUGAAGUAGCACGUGAAAUGUUCAUUAUUGCUGAUGGUGUACUAGAAGUACUAAAUGAAAGUAAUGAGGUCUUAUCAAGAUUGGGUUCAGGUGAUUUCUUUGGUGAAAUUGGUAUACUAAAUAUUGAUGGUGCAAACAGACGAACAGCUGAUGUUCGUAGUGUAGGAUAUUCAGAACUCUUUUCAUUAUCAAAAGAAGAUGUUUUAGAAGCAAUGAGAGAUUAUCCAGAAGCAGAAAAAAAAUUAUAUGAAUAUGCUCAAAAUCGAUUAGGCUUUGAACGUGCAAGACGUGAAGCUGGUCAAAAAAUGAAAAGUGCUUUUAAUACUCUGGCAGCAAUAGCCAGUGCCAUCACUCAAGAACGACCAGCCAAUUCGUUAACAUCCAUUGCUGAAAAGAGUUCACCUCUAUCAGAUGAACAAAUAAUAAAUCCAUGUAAUGAUGAAAAACCUAUUAUUGAAAAAGAACCAUCUCUUAAACAAUUAAGUACCAGAUGUUCUGUACAUGCAAAUAAUGAACAACAACAACAUCAUUUAAUUUUUAAUUAUGAUUAUCAAAAUAGUAGAAUUUAUUCUGAAAAUAAUACUAAAUCAAAUGAUCUUUUAACAACAAUUGAAAUACUUAUUAAUGACAAACUCCAUACUGUUGAACAAGAAUAUCAUCAACAAAUAGCCGUAUUACAAGAUCAAAAUGAACGAAAAGAUUUGAGAAUAAAACUUCUUGAACAAAAAUUACAACGUAUGCAGAAAACAUUAUUAAAUCGUAAUAGAAUUUGGUUAGAAGAACAAUGA